UCAUUUAGUCUCCGGGAAGUUUUUGUGAAAAGAGGUGCGUUGUGUUGUUUCGUACGAAAACUGAAUUGUUUUGGUUAAAAAAAUUGUGGUGCUUCUAUUAAAGUUUGUGUUUCGUUAAAAGUACUUUCUUUAUUUAUUUUCAAUUGAUAAUUUCCGGUGAUACAAAGUUAAAAUUGAUCUUUUAUUUAUUUGUUUUAAACACAUGUGAUCGAUACAAUUAAGUUACGAGUUUUCGGGAUACACGACGAUUUUACAAACAUGAGGCAACCGUGAAACGAGUUUUAACAUCAGAAGGAUAAUAUAAGCAAGGCACGAUGGAGGAACGCGAAGCGGACGCGGGCCCCGGCGUGCCCGACAUGACCAUGAUGCCGGAGAUCACAGAAGCUGCUAUUAACGAUAACCUGAGGCGGCGAUAUGUUCACGACCUCGUAUAUACAUAUACGGGCUCAAUCCUGGUCGCGGUGAAUCCAUACAAGGAGCUGGGAUGUUACACAAUGGAGGAUAUGCAGAACUACCGUGGCAAAGCGUUCGGAAGCAUGCCGCCGCACGUGUUCGCUCUCGCGGAGUCCGCGUAUAGCUCGCUACAGAACGGAGAAAAGAACCAAUCAGUAGUGAUAUCCGGCGAGAGCGGUGCCGGUAAGACGGAGACCACAAAGCUGAUUCUUCAGUACUUAUGCGCUGCGGGUGGCCAAGCCACAUGGGCAGAGCAGCAGAUCCUAGAAGCUAACACCGUACUUGAGGCGUUUGGUAACGCUAAAACGGUCCGUAACGAUAACUCGUCUCGUUUCGGGAAGUUCGUGGAGGUGCGUUUGGACCACCGCGGUGGUAUCCGCGGCGCUGUGCUACGCGACUUCCUACUAGAACGUGCGCGAAUCACCGGCCCUGCUCCCCGCGAGACUAACUACCACGUCUUCUAUCAGCUGCUUGAAGGCGCUAAACAUAAUGCAGAGCUCCGUUCUUCUCUCCGGCUACGUGACGACAUCCAAUACAAGUAUUUACGUAUGGAUGACGUCGAGGCACAUAAGGGGCGCGGGGGGGAGGGCAAGCUGGAGGCGCUGCAGUUAGCGCUCACGGUGCUGCAAGUACCACCGCAUAUGUGCGAAGGCUUAUUCAAAGUUCUGGCUGCUAUACUGUGGCUUGGGAACAUACAGUUCCAGGAUGUUGACGGCGAGCGCAGCGCCCUCUGCGGCGAGGACACGGAGGCGGUGGAAGCUGCGGCGUCGCUGCUUGGCUUAGCCCCGCCCACCGCGCGCCGCGUGCUGCUCGAACGACAGAUCAACGUGCGCGGCAACGUUACCGAUAUACCACUAAGACUACCGGAGGCUCGUGAGAACCGUCACGCGAUGGCUCGUGCACUAUACGCGCGUACGUUCGCAUGGCUCGUCCGUCACGUGAACAGCUGUUCGGCGCCGGGCCGCGAGAUGACGCGCGCUCUCGGCGUACUCGAUAUCUUCGGCUUCGAGAACUUUGCCACCAACUCUCUAGAACAACUGUGUAUUAACUACGCCAAUGAAAAACUGCACAUGUUCUUUAACAACUACGUCUUCGCUUUGGAACAAGAAAUUUAUCGCCAAGAAGGUAUAAUUUACAAUCAAAUACAAUUCACGGACAACGGCGCCUGUCUGGAAUUGUUGGAGAAACCGCCUAGAAGUUUAUUGAAAUUGUUAAGUGAGCAAUGCCACAUGCCAAAGGGUUCUGAUGGCGCAUACCUGACAAACAUUCAAGGAGAAUUCGGCGAUCAUCAAAGUUUCGUGAAAGGUUCCCGUAGGAAAUGGGAGGAGGAGUUCGGAGUGCAGCAUUAUGCUGGCACGGUCACAUACAGCGUCCAAGGAUUUGUCGACAAGAACAGGGAUACCCAACAAGACGCCUUUAUCGACCAUCUCAGUCGAUCCGCUAACCCUUUUGUAAGGGAACUAGCGGAUUAUUCUCAGGAUUUGGCACCUCCUGGACAUGAGAUAUCUCUUUCAAGUCCUGGUACGACUAGUACUACACAACGAGGCACGUCUAAAGGCAGGCCGACAGUUGUGGACACAUUUCGCGCACAACUGCAAUCUCUGGUGGAUAUGCUGCAAGUUACUGAUGUUUGGUAUGUCCGCUGUAUAAAGCCCAACGAGCACAAGGAAGCGGGCACGUACAACGCGCAGCUAGUGCUGGAGCAGCUGCGCUACCUCGGUAUGAACGAGAUAGUGCGCAUCCGCCGCGACGGCUACCCCGUGCACCUCCCCGCGCCGCUGUUCCGCGCGCGCUACCGCUGCCUGCUACCGCACCCUCGCCCUAUGGAGCCAGAUAUCGCAACAAUAACGUCAUUAGUGAACGCGCCGGCCAACGACUGGCAGAUAGGACACACAAAGAUAUUUAUGCGUAGCUCCGUGCACUCCCCGCUAGAGGCUAAGAGGACUGCACUAUUACAGGCCUCCGCGCUACGCAUACAAAAGUGGUACAAGGGUAGUGUACAGCGACGCAGCUUCAUGCAGCGUCGCAACGCUGCAGUGGUGCUGCAGGCGGCGUGGCGCGGCUGGAAGGAGCGCGCGGCGUUCCUGCGCCUGCGCCGCGCCGCCCUCACGCUGCAGCGACAUCUACGUGGAGCCUUCGCGAGAGAGGUCGCCGCCGCGCUGCGAGAGAUGCGACGGGUUAAUGAUGAAAUGAAACUAAGAGAAGAACGAAAUAGUCUGGCAGAGAAAGUGAACAUGGAGCGUGCGGAGCUGGAGACGAUGGCUGACCAGCUCCGUGGGCUGUCGUGUCCCAGCGGGCGCGCGGAGUCCGUCAACCUGGACAACCUGUUCGACUUCCUGGCGGACGUGCCCGCGCAGCGCGGCGCGCCCGACGGACAGCCCGCGCACCAGCCCACCAUCGCUGAGAUAGGAGACUCCAUGGAACGACUGGCUGAUGAUUUACAUCAAGAGCUGGAACACGUCCUAGCGGCUGAAAUGAAUGAACUCAGCAAAUCGCACACAGAAGCACAGAGGAAACCUGAUGGGGCACCCUCAGAUGACAUCCUGCCUCCGCCACCUUCCUCUCUCGCCUUACAAUCCAUCCUGCAACCGGCGACACCUGUGAGCAUGACGUCAUCUCUAACUAACGGUAUGACGUCAUCGUUGACGAACGGUACCUCACCGAUGGCGAACGGCGAUGUGAUGUCGUCAUCGCUUAUCCUUCCACCUCCCCCUCCUCCUAUGGAGCCGGUGGAAGAUUCCCCCGCGUUCCCCUCUCCGCCUACUACCUGUACAUUGCCGGAACCAGCGGGCCCGCCACCACCUCCACCUGCCGGCAAAGAUACCACCCCACCGGAGUUGACCAAUGGUAUAAUACCAAACGGCAAGCUCUCUGUAGUAAAUGGAAAGGAGCCGAUAUACGAAGCCGUCAUUCCGCGCCCUCCUGGCGAAGCCCCUACUACUUCACCACCCCCACCACCGUUAUUGCCACCAGAAAACAACGGUUUUCCUAGCAAAGAGAUUCUACAAGAGCAGAUAGACGAUACUCUACCGGGACUGCCGAGUGCGGUGACGUCACCGGACAAUACCUCCGCCUCCGCCCUGCCCACUGAUUCCUGCACCAGCCCCCCGCCCCUGAUGAAUGGAGACUCCAAUACAACGGAACGUAACGCGCGUCGCAAAGAGCGCGUGGAGCGACGCUUGCAUCAGAUGGAGGCGGCGUCCCCGCCCUCUAGCGCUCCGCCCACCACGCCGCCCGCUGACGUCAACGACCUCGCUGACUUCGCUAAACUAUACUUCAACGAUCAUCCACGCUCACCCGAAGGAACAAUAAUGGCAACCCUGACGCGGAAAAGCAAAUCAAUGGAAUUGCUAACAAAGGAGGAGAUGAUCACUUACCAUAAAGGCAACAAUAUCCCCACCUCCCACAUACAACUGCAUGACCCUGACAGCGUUACUGCAGCAGUUAACAUCUUCAGGGACUUAUGUCGUUACAUGCGAGGCGAAUUAACAUCGGACAAGGAGACUCAAGUCAUACAAUCUGUGAUAGGCAAAGGUUUAGAACGGGAAGAGUUACGGGACGAAAUACUUAUCCAAUGUGUGCGACAGAUAACAGAGUGUCCAGUAGAGGAAUGGGCGGAGCGUGUCUGGCUGGUAUUAUGCCUGUGCGCGGUGGCGUGGCAGCCGAGCCGCGGCCUCGCGCGGUACUACUGCGCCUGGCUGCGCACGCGCGCCCGCGCCGCGCCCGACGCGCCCCGCGCGGCACACUGCGCACAAUGGUGCCUUGAUAACUGUAGAGGUGCUGCGCCGAGGUUACUACCGCCGAGUACUGUUGAAAUCGCUGCGAUGCGUCGUCUCGGCACAAUAGUAUGCCGGUUCUUCUUCCUGGACGGUCGUACGAAGGCUAUCGACGUGCACCCCGCGGACACUGCGGCGGCGGCUGCAGCGCGCCUCGCAGACAAGCUGGGCCUCGCGCCGCACUCGCGUGCAGGCUGGGCUGUGUACCAGCAGCGGGCAGCGAGAGAAGACCACGUGCGAGCCACGCACUACCUGUAUGACGUCAUCGCUGCAUGGGAAAUGCAACAAGGCCCCGGUGGUGGUUCAGCGGACAACCGAUUCGUGUUCAAACGGCGCCUGUUUCGCGGCGGACGCGAGUUACCUCACGAUCCCGUCGAGGUGGCGCUAUUGUACGCACAGGCUGUGCAUAGUGUCGUUAAGAUGGACGAGUUCCCAGUGUCGGAGAAGGUGGCGCUGCAGCUGGCGGGGCUGCAGGCGCAGGUGUCGCUGGGCGAGCCGCCGCCGAGCCCCGCGCCGCCGCACACGCGCGCCUACUACGCUCACCCGGAGCAGUUCCUGCCGCAGCGCAUCGCACGCGCAAGGCCUGCACAUCAGUGGGCAACAAUCCUGGCGCAAGCGCACCGUCAGUACGGCGCGGGGCGCGCGGAGCUGACCGCCAAGGCGCUGUACCUCUCCUGUGUGAUGCAAUACCCGCUCUAUGGCGUCACGCUCUUCCCUGUCACUUACAAGGGAUAUUGGGCACACGGCCCGAACGUACUACUGGGCGUGGGCGCGGAGGGCGUGGUGCUCGUCCGGCCGGCAGACAAGGCGGUGCUGGCGGAGUACCCCUACACCAACAUCGCCGCGCUGCUGCUGGACCCCGUCGACAGCGGCCUCACCAUCAGCCUCACGCACCACGGGCAGCAUGAUGGGCUCAGAUGCAUAGUCCUGGAGUCACCACAGAAGCAGGAAGCUGCGUGGCUAAUGGCGGCAUACAGCCCGCCUUUAGCCAACGGUCUGGCGGAGGAGCCCGCGAGACGUGCGGCGCCGGCGGGCGAGCGCGCACGACUGGCGGCCGCGCUGCGUAGCGCACGUCGCGCGCUCGUCGACUCCGGCCUACUGCGGCGACCUACUGACCUCUCCGCUGGAGGAUUCCUUAGAAAUACACUACGAAGACUGAGCAAGCACCGCCUGGAGCGCGUGCGGCUGGACGUGGCGGAGGCGCAGGGGGAGAGCUACAAGGGUUUCCCCUCCGGCUACUGGUGCUGGGCGCGCGCGUUACCACACAGCCUCACUAAACUCAACGAGGCUGAGGAAGUCGCCGCCACGCAGAUAUUCAAGGAUAUAAUGAGUCAUGCGGGUCUGAACACGCACGAGGGCAGCACGACAUCGCUGGCCAGCACCACCAACAGCAGCAGCAGCGGCUCUGCUGAAGGUGACAGCGACGACCGCGUCGCCCUCGCACAGGCGCUGCUGCAGCGCUGUCUGCAGAAGGACACGCUGCUCUGCGAACUGUACAUGCAGCUUAUCAAACAGACGACAGACCACCCGGAGCCAUCAUCGCGUGUGUCCGCACGUCACUGGGCGCUGCUGUGCGCGGCGGUGGGCGCGGCGCUGCCCCCCGCCAAGCCGCUGCGCCGCCUGCUCCUCGCGCACCUGCGCUACCGCGGCACCGCGCUGCACGCCGGCGAGGAGGGCAAGUUCGCACGCCGGGCGGAACAGGUGGCGUUAAGCAUAGCUCAAGUUGGGCGUCGUAACAGUGCGCCCUCUCGCGAGGAACUGCUGUGCGCGGCCGCGCGAAGACCUAUGCAUGUACGUGUGCUGCUAUUGGACGGGAAACAACACGGCCUCGUGUUCGGGCCAGCCGCCACCGCAGACCAUCUUGUUACCAUGCUUAGGGAGAAGAUCGGACUCAACGAUGCGGCUGCUGGUUACGCAUUAUACGAAGUAUGCGCUAAUUCAACGCCGGCGGGUACGGGCGAGCGCGCGCUGGCCGGCAGCGAACGUGUCGGUGAUGUACUAGCGCGCUGGGAGAAGGCCGGCGCCACCGCCGCCUCCUGCAGGCUGGUGUUCAAGAAGCGUCUGUUCCUCGGCGAGCGGCCGCUGCAGUCGGACUGCGUAGCGGAGAUGGAGUUGUUAUACUACCAACUGCUGCACGCCAUCCGACACGACCGUCUGCCUAUUGAAACAGAUGAAGCUGUGAUGGUGGCGGCGUUGCACGCGCAGGUGGCGAGCGGGGAGUGCGCGGGCGAGGGCGGCGAAGAGUGCCUGGCGGCGGCGCGCGCCGUGCUGCCCCCGCGCCCCGCGCCGCUGCCCGCGCCCGCGCUGCGCCUGCACCACCUGGCGCUGCGCGGCACGCCGCCGCACGCCGCCAUGCAGCGCGCCCUCACCCUCGCCGCCUCCUGGCCGCUCGCCAGAGCCACCGUCUUCGACGUCAUGCAAUCGUUCACAUCGAACUGGCCGCGCGCGCUGUGGCUGGCGGUGGACGCGCGCGGGCUGACGCUGCUGCGGCGCGGCUCGCGCUCGGCGCUCGUGUCGCACGACCACGACCAGCUGCUGGCGGUGUCGCCCGCGCCGCGCGCGCUGCUCCUCGUCACGCGCGCGGACCGCAAGCACGCCAAGCUCGUACUCUCCACUGAUCAGGCGUACCAGAUCGCGACACUGAUCAAGGACUACAUCGAGGCGGUGCGCGGGCCGGUGUCGCCGGCGGUGGCGGAGGCGGGCGGCGCGCGCGCCUCGUGACAUCCGCACGCAUAGUGCCAGUGCUUCCACGUCCGCUGAGCGCGCGAACGUCACACGCCGACAUGCCAAUCAUAUUCAUUCAAAUACCUACGUAAAUAGAUAUUGAAAAAAAAAAUCGGAUACAUACCAUCCUAAAGUACACUACACGAUUUAUUCUAUGCUAAAACUGUGUUUUGAUGUGUUAAAGACUUUGCAGACUAUCGAUUAAUAUGGAAAUGUACAGUCGCGGAAUACUGCGUUGUUCCAAGAAAAUUUGUCGUUGCAAACGAGACAAACACCGUGUCUUAGUAUAAAUAAUUACUUAGAUAUAACGUGGAAAUGAA